AUGAAUCCUCUGCUGAUCCUCGCCUUCCUGGGAGCUGCUGUUGCUUUCCCCGCUGACGAUGAUGACAAGAUCGUCGGGGGAUACACCUGUCAGGAGAACUCUGUUCCCUACCAGGUGUCCCUGAAUGCCGGCUACCACUUCUGUGGAGGCUCCCUCAUCAAUGACCAGUGGGUGGUGUCUGCUGCUCACUGCUUCAAGUCGGCCCUAGAAACAGCAGAUCCUGGUCAGGGAGGCCUGAGAACAGUUCUCACUGUGCUCCCUCUCUGCAGCCGCAUCCAGGUGCGUCUUGGAGAGCACAACAUCAAGGUCCAGGAGGGCAAUGAGCAGUUCAUUAACUCUGUGAAGGUCAUCCGCCACCCCCGCUAUGACAGCUGGACCCUGGACAAUGACAUCAUGCUGAUCAAGCUCUCCUCCCCAGCAGUCCUCAGUUCCCGUGUAUCUGCCAUUGCCCUGCCCUCCUCCUGUGCCCCUGCUGGCACUCAGUGUCUCAUCUCUGGCUGGGGCAACACCCUCAGCUCUGGAGUCAACAACCCUGAGCUGCUGCAGUGCCUGGAUGCUCCCCUGCUGAGCCAAGCCCAGUGUGAGGCUUCCUACCCUGGACAGAUCACUGAGAACAUGGUGUGCGCUGGCUUCCUGGAGGGAGGCAAGGACUCCUGCCAGGGUGACUCUGGUGGCCCCGUGGUGUGCAAUGGAGAGCUCCAGGGAGUUGUCUCCUGGGGCUAUGGCUGUGCCCAGAAGAACAAGCCUGGAGUCUACACCCGGGUGUGCAACUUUGUGGACUGGAUUGAGGAGACCAUGGCUGCCAACUAA